UUCAGUUCUACGUCGCCUGUAGUUGACAACAGACGCAAUCGACCAGCAAUCAGCGACAUGAAGACAAUUACUGGAAUAAAUUUGAUUUUACUCGUAUCAUCGGUACUCGGUGAAGAAGUCUGCCGAGACGUCGACUCAGGAUGGAAUAUAUGUGAGACAGAUCACACAAUCAAUCGUAUCGAAGACAAAAACGCCAUUUUUAAGACUGUCCUCCCUGUAGACUUAACGAGUGAUACUACUGUCGGUGAAAAUAUCUUUAGUACACCAAAACUAGAGCACCUUUACCUCCGUUUUCCCUACAUAAGCAAACAGAACAGGUCUUCAGCUCAUUCAUUGACAUUGCUGCCAAAUUCAUUUGCUGGUUUGCCGAGGCUGGAGAAGCUAAAUAUCGAAAAUACAAAUCUCCGUUUUACUAAGGGCAAUACAUGGGCUUCAGUUGGAUCAUUAACAAAAUUACAUUUGAGGAGAUGUAAUUUAUUGGAAGUACCUACAGGAAUGCUGGAAUCCAUGCCUUCAAUCGAGGAAUUGACGUUGGAAGACAAUGAAAUAACUGCACUUCAUCCACAUGAUUUUACACCUCUGAAAAAGCUGAAAGAAUUGGACGUGAGCUCUAAUAAAAUUACCACCAUUGCACCAGGUACUUUUGAUGGGCUCAAUAGGUUGAGAGAGUUGGAUUUGUCUUUCAAUGCUUUCCCAGCAACACCAGAACUCCUGAAAGGACUGAGCUUAUUGAAGGAACUGCGUCUGUCCAAAUGUUUUGAUGAUAAUGGAUUUCAACCCCACGUAUUUCAGGAAGUUCCGCAUCUUGAAAAACUGCAAAUUGCGUUUAACAAUAUAACGAGACUGACUCCAGGAAUGUUUGAUGGUCUCUUUUCAUUGCGUGAGUUAUCAUUGUACGGUAAUAAAAUUCGUGAGGUUCCAACUGGUGUGUUCGAACGAUUGAGAUAUGUCAAAGAAAUUUCUCUGGCUGAUAACGACAUCGAGAAGAUAGUACCAGGUGCAUUCGGCUUUUUGGAGCUCGAUAAUUUAAUUCUUUCUCUCAAUCGCCAGUUGAAGACCAUUUUGACUGAUACGUUCAGAGGUCUGACAGUUCGUCGGUUGUCUCUUGCCAAAUGCCAUAUUACAACGCUUGAACCGAAGGCUUUCAAUAUUACACGUGUUACACGAAUGCUGGAUUUAACCGAGAAUUUCUUAACCGAAGUUGGAACGAACGAUUUCGCUGGACUCAAGACUAAGGACCUGGAUUUGAGCCAAAACCCUAUCAGGAAGAUCGCGCAGGAUGCAUUCAAGGAUACUGACCUGAAGCGACUUGGGCUUUUUGGUACUUAUGUUAAGAUUACGGACAGGGCUAAAUUGGGUCUUGAAGAAACGGUGGAAAUUAUGAAGUGAGUUAGGAUUAGGGACUUGUGAGCAUUCGAGAAUGUAUUCUGCGAAUGUAGUUUAUAUGUACUCCGAAAAUAUAAAUUGUUUUAUGGGAAA